CAUGCUUUGUAACGGUGAUUCGGCAAAUCAGCCAAAUCGUUCGUCUUUUUACCCUACAUUGAUAAAAGUUUUCAUCUGUUCCUACGUUAUGCUCACUUAGAAGAAGGAACAGUUUAGCAAGUGAUCGUCUAAAGAUCACCAGUUGAAAGUUAUGUUGGACUUCAAGCCGCAAAAGGAAAUCGUUUACAAUCGUUUUUUACCCUACAAAGACAGGCUAGAUGAAGAGUCCAAUAAGUUUCUUUCCGAGAUUAAAUACAGUCUUGGUCGAGCUGUGGUUUUCAAAGAGACCAGCCCUGGAAUUCUGUACUGGAGCAAUCGACUGACAAACUAUAUAAAGCUCUAUGGAAGAAAGUUUUCAAAGGAGGACCAUCUGAAUUUUAUACAGAUCUUCUUUGAACUAACAACAGCUCCUAAUCUUGAUCCUCAAUACGUGAUUUCCUUUGGCCAUGUAUUGAUUCUGCUACUCAAGAAGCGAGAACUAAUAUCAAGAGAUGACCUUCUUCUGCCAUGGCGACCUCUUUAUGACCUGGUGGACUUUACAUUUCAUUCGAAAUACGAAGUGGCUGGACUGAAGAAACAUCCCAUAAAACUUGAAGAGACAGUGAAGCAUGUGGUCCGUGUAUCAAGAGUGUAUUUUUCUGAAGACUCCACCCAGGAGAUGCUUGAUGAGUGGCGGCCGUUAAUGUGUCCUUAUGAUGUUACAUUUAGCAAAGCAAUGUUUUACUUUUCCCUGUUUUUGCCAACAACACUCUCGCCUGACAAGCACAACAAAGGGUUCAAGUUGUGGUUUGAUGAGCUGUUAGGGAUUUGGCAGUCAUGUACCAACAGCCCAAGAUGGGAAGAGGACUGCUUAAAGUUGUUUGCCAGGCUUGCAAAAAAUAACAUUGGAUUUGUUGAUUGGAGUCCAUACCUUGCAACUGUAUUUACACGGAUUUUAAGGAAUUUUCAUCUUCCUGUUGGCGGCAAUACUCCUAUUAGCAGCCUCAAAGAUUAUUCAAGCAUAAUUAGCUCAUUUGUUAUCUGGAUUAUCAAUUCAAUGAGUAGCUCCAGUUCGACUCAAGAACAUCUCUGCAAAUUGUUCAAAGCACUGGAAUCUUUUUACCAUCCUUCAAACAAUGGACGUUACUCAGGUAAGCUCCAGAGGUUUCUUUACAACUUGCCCAAAGAAAUGAUAAAGAGGCUUCACAGGUGCACUGCAUAUUACCAAAACUGGAGUGAAAUCAUAGUGCUGGAAGGUCACUCAACUCCUCUUAUGUACUGGAUCAGAAAAACAUUGAACCUGGCUGUCUUAUUUUCAGGGUUCAAGUUGUGGUUUGAUGAGCUGUUAGGGAUUUGGCAGUCAUGUACCAACAGCCCAAGGUGGGAAGAGGACUGCUUAAAGUUGUUUGCCAGGCUGGCAAAAGAUAACAUUGGAUUUGUUGAUUGGAGUCCAUACCUUGCAACUGUAUUUACACGGAUUUUAAGGAAUUUUCAUCUUCCUGUUGGCGGCAAUACUCCUAUUAGCAGCCUCAAAGAUUAUUCAAGCAUAAUUAGCUCAUUUGUUAUCUGGAUUAUCAAUUCAAUGAGUAGCUCCAGUUCGACUCAAGAACAUCUCUGCAAAUUGUUCAAAGCACUGGAAUCUUUUUACCAUCCUUCAAACAAUGGACGUUACUCAGGUAAGCUCCAGAGGUUUCUUUACAACUUGCCCAAAGAAAUGAUAAAGAGGCUUCACAGAGAGAGAUUUCCAAAGAAUUCUUGGGAGACCCCCAUUCCAGAAGAAUCCAAGCUGAAGGAUGAUGACCUGACAGCAUUUGUAGAGUGCCUCAAGCCUGCUGUCAUGCUAGCAGUGUUUAACAAGAGUGGAAGCUUUGAUGCUGCUGGGGCACUGCAAAAUCUGGCUCUGAUCAAACCAGACAUAGUCCUUCCAACUCUAUUAGACAAGUAAGGUUUACAUGUACAUGUGAGUUGGCCAAAAUGUAAUAUUUUAGUACAUUAUUUUACAGUAAUCACUUUUGUGNUAAUGAUGCUCACUUGAUUAUUUUUGUAGGGAACGUUUAUGUUCAUUUCCACCGUUGUUUGUCUGGUGCCCGUUGUGGACUGUUCAGAGGCUGUGGGAGUUGUAGAAAUGACAGAGGAUGAGAAAGAGUUGUGUCUUGCAACGGCUCAGUUCGAAGACUUUGUGCUACAAUUUAUGGACAGAUGUUUUGCAAUGAUUGACAACUCAUCGUUUGAGAACACGUCAGAGCUAGACAGUACCACGAUGAAAGCUGACCAGCGUCACUCCCUGGAGGGCAUGAUGGGAAUGGGCGUGGCCUCGACAUUUCACGCUAUUCUGAUGCAGAGCUCGCCCAAGAUUUUCCAGUGUGCUCUUGAUCAGCUAUUUGCGUUUUGUACCAGCAAAGUACUUGAAACAAAGGUGGCAGGAAAGAUGGCAUCAGACAUGUGCCGGGCGGCUGCAAGGACAAAUGCAACAGCAACUCUGAAGAAAUUUGUACCUCACUGUUGUUCUGUUAUUGAACACUUAACCUCUGUGGAAGGGGUCGCAGAAGAAGAGGAAGUUGAUGAUCAGCUGUUAUGGAAUCUUCAGAUUUUAUCGGAGGUUGUGCGUUCCAGUGGAUCAUUGCAUUAUAAAGAUAAACUCAUUUCAGCAAUUAAAUCAACCAUUCACCUGAAGUGUAAAGAAGCAGCUACUCUGGGGGCCAUACUCCUGGAGCACAUGCUACGGCCGCUGGCUAAGAUUUACCCCAUGGAGUGGAGGAGCGUGUUGGUUGACUUUGGAACACCACCGACAGAGCAUCUGUUUAUAAGGGACUGGGGAAAGCCAGGGGAUCUUUUUAACCUGAACAUUCAGUGGCACAUACCAUCCGAGGAGGAGAAGCUUUUAGCAAAGGAAAUGUUGGACACGUUUUUACAACCAGUGCUGACGAGGCUGGAAAAAUUCCUGGAAGAAUCGUUGACGCUCUCAAGGGAGGAGCUUCAGCAGUGUCUAAACAUCAUCUGUGGGUGUCUGUCUGGAGCUGCCAUUCUCUUACCAGACUGGAAGAGACCUCCACUGGAAAACUUGGGCCUCAAGACCCUUGUGAGCCGAGGAAGAUUUCAGAACACUGUCUCGAUGGAACCAGAAGUGUCGAUGGGUGAACACAACUCGCGAGCUCGGAUAGCAGAGCUGAUUCACAGACUGUUAGAUCAUCUCCUUUGUCAUCACGAGGAUGACACUAAAGCUCUUUUGAUAAUUUUAAAGAUCUAUGAUCUCUUAAUGCUCCAUGUUGGAGGCCAGAGAGACGAGUUUGAUAGCAGAUGGCGCAGUGCAAGUGCUGUGAAGAGAGCUAUGGAAGACAAACUUGCAGGAAAGAAGAAACAUGUCCGACCGUUGCUUAUUGAAAGAGUCCAGCUACAACAUGAGAUGCGAAUCCUGAACCGAAUUUCAAACCAGUUAACAACAUUACAUAAAGUGUUGUUGGACGAUUUGUUUAAACUCGCGACAACAGUUUACACAGAGGUUCGUAUCAAGGCUCAAAGAGUGUUAUCGUCUUGCAUCGAUGUGUUUGAUUACUUUGCUCGAACCUUGGUACCACCAACGUUAUCUAAACUUCAAAACAGCCCAGACAUCUCCCAUGAAGAAUUCAAGGGUGCGCUUUACGUGUUGCUUAAUAACCGCAUGUUGUUCUUGAUAGUACAUUACUGGGAGGUCAUGGUUGAUGUGUGGCCUGUUAUUGUCCAGGCUGACCACUCUGAAAAGCCUUCCAUUAUCAACUUGAUGACAAUGCUCGCCGAGAAAAUGGUGAAGAAGUAUGAUACGGUGGCUGUUAGCAGAAUGGUUACCGAUUCUGCAGUUGAACAAGCUAAGCGGCUCUUAACUUCAACGGGUCCCGUGCCGCAAAGCCAUCUUAAACCAAUCUCAAGUCCUACAGCAACAGCUCUUCCAAGCGACUUAGAACUCAAAGAGAGCAAGGACGCUUGGAAUAACACGCGAGAGAAUAAUCUGAGGAAUUACCACAAACUUGUCAGCACUUUAGUGGAUAUGUUGGAGAGCGAUGGCCUACGCUGGCGUUAUCUCCAGAUUUGUUUCAGUUUUCUCAAUUUGUUAAUUCGUUAUGAUGUGCCUCUACCGGCAAACGCGGUGAAACUUUGUGUAAAAUUCCUAAAGCACGAUGCAUUAGCGAUUCGAAAGGUAACUAUUGCACAAGUAAUACCCAAAAUAACACUUAUUAACCCAAUGAGUUCCCAAGCCGAUUACAUGUCAUCUGGUCUACCAGAGCCCACGACAACAGUUAUUCAGCCCGGUGAUUGGGAAGAUAACAGAUGGUUGCAAUAUUCGUCUAGUGAUCUCCCCAAGACCAAAAAUGAGUGGGAAGGCUGUGUUUUCAUCGAUAAAACUCACUGAGGCUACUAUACAUGGCCAAAAAAACUGCUGACCUAUGCUCCCGCAGACCAACAGCCAAUUCUAGGGAGAACACGUGACCAACUUUCGGAGGAGGAGCAGCCAAUUUACGAUGCCUUUAGUCAAGAAGAAUUUAUGUCAAAAUUCAUCUCGUUUCUAUCCUUAGAAGAUAGGAAAGGCAAAGAUAAAUUCGACGUUCAUCGCUUUGUGUUGUUGAAGUUUUUUUUUCACUUUCUUUAUCAGAUCGCUAGUAGUAACUUGUGGCACCCGAGGCGAAGUGUCUUGGAAUAUCUACAAGUCAUGAUUUUUGCCAACCUCUUCGCCAUCACCAGUAACCCUCAGUUCGUUCUGGACGUGAAGGACCUGGUGCUCAGUCUCCUAGCAGACGAGCAGUUAGAGGUUCGAGAGAUGGCGGCUGUAACAUUCAGUGGCCUGGUUCAUUACGGCUUCUUUCAGCUUGACGACAAACUGCAGAUACGAGAUUAACGCUGGCACUUCUGAAAUUACUUUUAGUGCUACUUGAAAGCUCUGCUUAACGGCUCUCAUUUGAAUGGUCUCACACUAGGGUUUCAUCCACAGAUUUAAAAGUUAGAUCCACCUUGUACAGCAUAAUAAACAGUACCACAUGAAAGUACUGCUCAAUAGCUUAUCAUUUGAAUGGUCACACACUAGGGUUUCAUGCAAAGACUUAACAGUUAGAUCAACCUUGUAUAUUGUCAUAACAGUACCACUUGAAAAAUCUGCUCAGUAGUUUUCAUUUGAAUGGUCCUACACUGAGGUUUCAUCCACACACAGGUAGAAACAACAAUUGAACUAAGGUACAGGGCUGUAUGCUCAGCAACUCAUAAACUGUCAUCUGUUUUU